AUAGGGUCGGCGCUUUGGUGGUAGUGCUAAGUCCCGAGGGGCAAGAGGAAAAGGGGACGAGCAGAAGGCAGCGAAGGCGCUGCCCUCAGUCGGUCGCCCGUUUCACUACAGUCAGCAUACAGAAAGAGCCAAGCGAUUGGCUAUACGUGUGGUCUUCGCCUAAGCGCGCACUGCUGCUUCGUGUUCCCGUUUUUCGAGUGAAGGCUUCGAGCUUCGUUCUGCCCGCUCUUUCGCUCGCUCGGUCGGUCGUGAACGAGUGUGCGCGCGCGCACUCACACGCGCCCAUCCAAAUAGACAGAAACAGAGAAAGAGAGAGAGAGACACACAAGUGUGGAGAGUCGUGCAGAGGCAGGCGCGCGUAUACAGCCAUCGAACGUGGUGAUUCGCACAGAGGCGGACGUGAGAUAGAGAGCAUAGAACCGAGGCCGUGUCACGCGAGGAAAAAAGACGGCAUUACGUUCAUCACUGUCCUUGUUGUCUUCUCGUCAUCACCCGUCACCGUUGUCGUCGAUGAGACCGUCAACGGGAUUUCGUCGACGCUCGAGCGUAGUUUUUUCUUGGCCGACUAAAAGGUAUACAAAUACUUACAUGGGAACAGUCGGUACGUCGAGUCCUGACGAGCAGGAGGAUCAAAGACGAUCGUGAGUAAAUAGAGCGAAAAAGGGGGUAACCUACCCUGCGGAACCGCGCGUGUAUAGUCUCGCGGCGGACGAUCGAAGUAUACGCAAGAGCAACCGUGUGUAUUCCAAGCUUCCUUCGGUAGAUCGGGUGCAUACGUGCGUGUACGAGAACUAAGAGGUGGGGGAGACAGUCUAUACUUCGCGGACAUCCGGCGGGGAAUCCGCAUGCAUUCGUACGAAGCUCUCUGAGAGAGCGAGGGAAAAAGGAGGAAAGGAUUUGGCGUCGAGGGAAACACGGUGCUGGCUGCUGCUCUCGAGUGCUCGAGAGACUUGAGAGGAGAAAGGAGGUUCUUUGUCGUUCCGACUCUACUGCUAUAUCUUUGCACGUUCUCCUUUUUGUCGAGUUUAACAAAAUCGGAUUUGCAAUUGCUUCCAUAAACAGACAUUAAUAUUGUAUUUAUUUCCUUCGGUCCUCGUAUCGCGUUGAUCCUCGUGCGUGCGUACCCGCACGCAACGGUUGAAAUUUUCGGUACAAAUAAUAAGGGUGGUGGAAAGAGGUGGAAGGACGUGGCGUGAGAGAGGGAUCGAGGGGAAGGGAGAGAAGUCUGAAACACGCCGAGCAGUGCUGCUCCCUAUUGGCGACGUCGAGUCGCGCUCCCCACCCGGGACAGUCGAACGAGGUCCGAAGGCGAGUUCUCGGCGUGUAACUACGGUGAUUUUCCCUUACGAGAGUGUACGCACGAGACCUCGUAGCUCUGCACCACAUCCCGUUCAGCGUAAACAUUUCUUGAACAACAUACGAAUACAUCGUGGAAAUAUUAAACCGGGGUACGUUAUUCUGGAAGCGUGAAGAAAUAACAUUCGUGGAAAUCGAAAAACAGCCAAGAGAAGAGAAGAAGACAGAGAGAGACUAGCAGUGUUGAAGUCCGCUUUACACGCGUGUUUUAUUGUCGAUAUUUUCUCUUUCGCCAAUCGAUUUGUUGUGUGCGCCGAUCGAGAACGCGUCCCACGCGUGUGUCGCGUAUCACCGCCGCCGGUGAAACCGAGAGAAUUCGAACGAGUCAGAGGGUAAAAUAGGAUUUCUCGCGUGGUCGGUCCUCUCCCGAGGCACGCGCGGAGGGGGGUGCACCAGAGGAGCGCAAGAGAGGGAGAGAAGGAAAGAAAGCGAGACAUCGUGCAACGAAGAUAGAAGAGGAAGGAGAGGGAGAAAGAGAUAGAGACUCUUUAGAGGGAGGGACGAGGACGUGUAUACUUCACGGAGGCGCCGGUGCUGCGCCCCAACGGCCGUUCGUCGAAGCUCAGUUAUCACAAUGGCUUCCGUGAAAGACACAGCGACUUUCUUCGCGGAGGGCACAGCGAGUCAGUUCGAACACGUACUGAAGCUUUAUCCGCAGGCCCUCAGGCUCAAGGCCGAUCGGAAGCCGAAAAAGCCCGAAGAGUUGAUCAAGUUGGACAACUGGUACCAGAAUGAGCUUCCAAAGAAGAUCAAGUCGCGCGGCAAAGAUGCGCAUCUCAAUCACGAGGAGCUGGUGCAAACGAUGAAAUGGAAGCAGAUACGUGGGAAGUUCUACCCUCAACUGUCCUACUUAGUAAAAGUGAACACACCUCGUGCCGUGAUGGCGGAAACGAAAAAGGCAUUCAAAAAGCUUCCAAAUCUUGAACAAGCGAUCACCGCCCUCUCGAAUUUGAAAGGAGUUGGAACCACGAUGGCUUCGGCCCUAUUGGCAGCAGCAUCACCUGAGAAUGCACCUUUUAUGGCAGACGAAUGUCUGAUGGCAAUACCGGAAAUCGAGGGCAUCGAUUACACCACCAAGGAGUACCUUAACUUUGUCCAGCACAUUCAGAAUACCGUCGAGAGGCUGAACAAACAAACGUCAAACGGUAAAACAUGGAGCCCACACAGGGUGGAGCUGGCGCUUUGGACCCAUUACGUCGCGUCUGAACUGAAGCCAGAGCUUCUCGAUGGUAUUCCAGGCUCGACGGAGAACGGGAACUCUCAUCCGCCGAGCAACGGCGAAGCGACAGAACCGUCGGACGACAGCAAUCCGGAAGUGGUGGCAGUGAACGGUAAGGAACCAGCCAGUAUUGAUCCGGCGGCCAUCGACGAGAACAGCAUGACCACGUCCUUCACCGAAGACUCGAUGGAUAAACCAGCUACGCCGAUUACAGUGGCCGUAGCGAGCGAAGACACGAACGAUUCCCUCGCCACGAACGACAACGACGACAGCAACAACACUCCGCGACCAACAGACAGCGAGGACACAGAAGACUCGCAGGACGUGCAGGGGCCGCCCACCAAGAAGAGUAAGAAGUGACCCACCACCAACCAAGGAGCCACGAAUACGAGCAACAACGUCAGCACCCUCGUGUCGGCCGCCAAUCUAACGCUGAUCGCAGCGAGGCGCUUCUAAAAACUGCCAGGGUCACCGAUCAGGGUCGCGGAUAGUAGACCUGUAGCUACCAUCGCACCAUCACGAUCGUUUCUCGAUGAUUCUCCUUCGCCCCUUCUCUCUCUCUCUCUCCCUCUCUCCUCUAUUCUCUCUCUGUCUUUCUCUUUGUAUUUUAUUCUUGAUUUUCCUCGACACGUUAUUUAUCCUAGAUCACCAUCCUUCCAACCAGCUUCUUCCUCUCUUCUAGACAUUUCCUCUCAAUUUUUCACAUCUUCCACAAUCUCUAUAUCUCUUUCCUCUCUCUCUGUAUGUCUUUAUUCUUUACCUGAUGUAUACCUUGUUACGAUGCUCUUUGUAGAAAUUUUCCUCGGGGACUUCGUGUAAAAUAAUAACGUUGUCACGUAUGUAUGUACACACACAAGACGGAGAAGGUUGGAAGAUGCUGUACGAGCACCUUGCUGGUUUUUAGAUUCAUCGGGCUCGAUCGGAGAGGCAGAAAGAAGAAGAGGCAUGAAAGCUCGACCGAUGUUUCGAUGAUUCCUGUUGUUUCGUCUUUCCUUUCCUCUCUCUCUCUCUCCCUCCCUCCCUCUCUCUCUCUCUCUCUCUCUCUCUCUCUGUAUACACAGUUACCCAACGUUACUAGUUCCCUUACCCAGGUUCGUUUCCAUAAACA